GUUUAUAGAAUUUGCAGAGAGAGAGAGAGAGAGAGAGAAUCAUAGGCAGCGUGUAUAUAUAUAUAUUUUAUAAAGAGAAAAAACCAGAGCAAGCAGCCAUUCCGGAGCUUAUCCAUCUUCUCCAGUUUCUCCACAACCCAAGAGAGAAGCUGUAAACUAAUGGGCGAGGAGGAAAAGAAACCGGAGGAGAAGAAAAUGGAGGAGAAAAAGCCAGAGGAGGAGAAGAAAGAAGAAGAGAAACAGUCCGAGAAGCCGGCAGAAGAAAAGAAAGCGGAGGAAGGAAAGGAUGGGAAGGAAGCGAAAGAUCAAUCUGAAACACAAGCUCCUCAGGAAAUCGUGCUCAGAGUCUACAUGCAUUGCGAAGGUUGUGCUCGCAAGGUCCGACGCUGCCUCAAAGGCUUCGAAGGGGUGGAGAAAGUUAUAGCAGACUGCAAGACUUCGAAGGUGGUAGUGAAAGGCGGAAAGGCCGAUCCUCUGAAUGUUCUCCAGAGAGUUCAGAGGAAGAGCCACAGGCAGGUCCAGCUCAUCUCUCCGAUCCCCGAACCGAAGGCUGAGGAAGAGAAGAAGCCUGAGGAUCAGAAAGAGACCCCCAAGCCUGAAGAGAAGAAAGAAGAGCCUCAGAUUAUCACAGCGGUUCUGAAGGUUCACAUGCAUUGUGAGGCCUGUGCACAAGAAAUCAAGAAACGCAUACUGAGAAUGAAAGGAGUGGAGUCGGUCGAGCCAGAUCUAAAGAGCUCAGAGGUGAUAGUUAAGGGAGUGUUUGACCAAGCAAAGCUGGUGGAGUACGUGUACAAGCGAACUGGAAAGCAUGCGGCGAUAGUGAAGCAAGAGCCGGAAAAGAAGAAAGAGAAAGCCAAAGAUGAUGACAGCAAGGAAGAGAAAAAGGCCGAGGAAGAUGGCGGCGGCGGUGACGACAAAGGUGGCAGUGAUGAUCAGGAAGAGAACAAAGAAAAGAAAGGAGGAGACGAGGAAUCCAACUCCAAGCCAGACUCGGGAGGAGGAGCAGCCAUGGAAGAGGAGAUCAACAAGGUGGUGGAGCUUCAGAAAAAUGCAUAUUAUUAUUACCCACAAAGGUAUGCCAUGGAAAUGCAUGCCUACCCACCUCAGAUCUUCAGCGAUGAAAACCCAAACGCCUGUUCUAUCGUGUAAUGUAAAAAGACAGAUCAAAUAAAAAAGUAGGAUAAAUGGUGAUGGGGAAUUAUUUGUUAUUGGGAAUGCUGAAAAUGAAGUUGUGGGUAAGGCUGAUUUGGUCUUUGUGAAAUGUGAGCUGUAGAGUUUUUUGAGUA